AUGGAUUCAGACGAGGAAUUCAUGUCGCAGCUCUCGAGCGAUGACGAGAUGAUGCAAGAUAGCGCGGACGACAUGUCUGUUGCCGACUUUGACGAUGAAGACUUCGAUGAACCCGAUCCCGACUUUGGUCUCUCCCCUAAGGAGCUGGACAAGAAAAAGACGCAGGCCCACGUUGUCUCCUUCAAAGUCUUUGAGCCGACCGAUAUCCAGAAGCAACAGGAUGACAUGAUUGCGGAGGUGAAUAUGAUUCUAGAUAUGGGCAAGGAAGAUGCCGCCAUUCUGCUUCGUCAUUUUCGUUGGAACAAGGAGCGUUUGCUCGAAGACUAUAUGGAUCGCCCGGAAAAGGUCUUGGGAGCAGCCGGUUUGAGGAGUAGCACUAAUGAUCUACCCAAACUCGAGGCUGUACCUGAUUUUGCGUGCGACAUCUGCUGUGGGGACGAGGAAGGACUCGAAACUUUUGCAAUGAAGUGCGGCCAUCGGUACUGUGUCGACUGUUACAGGCAGUAUCUGACGCAAAAAAUCCGAGACGAGGGCGAAGCGGCUCGAAUUCAGUGCCCUUCCGACGGCUGCGGUCGAAUUCUCGAUUCACGAUCUCUAGACUUGCUUGUCACCUCCGAAUUGACAGGCCGCUAUCACGAGCUACUGAAUCGCACAUAUGUCGAGGACAAGGACAUUUUCAAAUGGUGCCCGGCGCCGGAUUGUCCCAACGCUGUUGAGUGCAGUAUCAAAAAGAACGCUCUUGACAGAAUUGUGCCAACGGUCGAGUGCACUUGCGGCUGCCGCUUCUGCUUCGGAUGUCCAAACCCAGACCACCAACCGGCUCCUUGCGACUUGGUCAAGAGGUGGCUCAAGAAGUGCGCCGACGACUCCGAAACCGCAAACUGGAUCAAUGCCAACACAAAAGAAUGCCCAAAGUGCCAAUCUACCAUUGAAAAGAAUGGCGGGUGCAACCACAUGACAUGUAGGAAGUGCCGUUAUGAAUUUUGCUGGAUGUGCAUGGGGUUGUGGUCCGAGCAUGGCACAUCCUGGUACAACUGCAACAGAUACGAAGAGAAGAGCGGACACGAAGCACGCGACGCCCAAACUAAGUCACGGACAUCCCUGGCUCGCUACCUGCACUACUACAAUCGAUACGCCAACCAUGAACAGUCAGCGCGGCUGGACAAGGAUAUUGCAAGCAAAACGGAAAGAAAGAUGGUUCAGCUGCAGAAGACCUCGGGCAUGUCGUGGAUUGAGGUCCAAUACCUCAAUGCUGCGUCGCAGGCCCUUCAAACAUGUCGCCAGACUCUUAAAUGGACAUACGCGUUUGCCUUUUACCUCGCCAAGACAAACUUGACCGAGAUUUUCGAGGACAAUCAAAAAGACCUCGAGAUGGCGGUCGAGAAUCUGUCGGAAAUGUUCGAAAAGCCGAUCCAAGACCUUUCGGACUCGAAGCUCAAGGUUGACAUCAUGGACAAGACCUCAUACUGUAACAAGAGACGAAUAAUCUUGCUUGAAGAUACUGCGGACAAUCUGGCUAAAGGCAAGUGGUCUUUCAAUUCGGAAUUGACAGCGCCUGCCUCGGCCACGGCUCCUCCAGCACGCCGUUAG